CGGCUCUGCCAUUUUCCGUCGAAGAGGCCAUCGGUUCGCCGAUGGGACUCCAGUACUUGAACUUCCAAAUCAGUUAUAAUUUCGUCGUUCUAACCGCCAACACGGUCCGACGGCUGAACGUGAAAACGUGCUUUUAGUUUACCAAUAGCCCGUAGUCAAUGGCUUAUUUGUUUAUCGAAACCAAAUGGUUUUAGUUAAUUGCUAAAUUAAAAUAUCGAUUUGAUUGGUUUCAGUCCACCUUGAAGUUUGAUUCGAAUUAAGGGGCCAUCGAUUGAAUAUUAAACAAGCCAAAGCCUUCGAACCACCUGAAAGUGCAGGUGGAUUGGAUUAUUUAUAUAAUCUAGACCAUUUUCGACAACUUCUUGGGUGCGGAGCCAGUGGCAUUGUUUUAAUGCGGCCGACACGCGUUUCCCCAACAGCCGGAGCACAUGUGCGGGUUACAUUUUAGGACGCGUAACAGUCCGUCUCAGAAGACGUCCCUCCGCUGGGGCGACUGCUGUCUAGCCUAGUGUUCUAGUGUUCAGACCGUGAUUCGAGUUCCUACCCCGGAGUACUAAUUCUCCGAUUCUGAUUCCUUUACAAGGGAUCUGCGAUCAAAACUACUACGGGAUAUACCCAAAAGCCCUUUAGAGCAGGGAAUGUUGCAUAAGCCGAGGCGCUUUUGAUUGGCGCGCUUCUUUGAUUGCCGUCGCUAAGCUCCAGAAUCGAAAAUUGGCGUCCGCUUGAACUUGGCGCACAAAUCCCAAAGCAGAGUUAAAGGUCAACCCCUUUUCAAAAGUAUUAAUUUACACAAGUGCGUUGAGAGUCGUGAUUUUCGUAGCCAAGGACAGGCCUGAACCGCAAAGAUGAUCAAUAUUGCUGGCGUGGUGAGCAUUGUGCUCUUCUACCUCCUGAUCCUGGUGGUGGGCAUCUGGGCUGGUCGCAAGAAGCAGUCUGGUAAUGAUUCAGAGGAGGAGGUGAUGUUAGCCGGUCGCUCCAUUGGCCUAUUCGUGGGCAUCUUCACCAUGACGGCCACAUGGGUGGGUGGCGGUUAUAUCAAUGGCACAGCGGAGGCUAUAUAUACAUCGGGUCUGGUUUGGUGCCAGGCUCCAUUUGGAUACGCACUGAGUUUGGUAUUCGGUGGCAUCUUCUUCGCCAAUCCCAUGCGUAAGCAAGGAUAUAUCACUAUGCUGGAUCCCUUGCAGGAUUCCUUUGGCGAGCGGAUGGGUGGCCUGCUCUUCUUGCCUGCUCUCUGUGGAGAAGUCUUCUGGGCCGCUGGCAUCCUUGCUGCCCUGGGCGCCACUCUGUCGGUCAUCAUUGACAUGGAUCAUCGAACCUCGGUGAUCCUCUCCUCCUGCAUCGCCAUAUUUUACACACUCUUCGGAGGCCUGUACUCAGUUGCAUAUACGGACGUGAUCCAGCUGUUCUGUAUCUUCAUCGGACUGUGGAUGUGCAUUCCCUUUGCCUGGAGCAACGAGCACGUUGGCAGCCUGAGUGACCUGGAAGUGGAUUGGAUUGGGCACGUGGAGCCGAAAAAACAUUGGCUUUAUAUAGACUAUGGUUUGCUGCUCGUCUUUGGAGGCAUUCCUUGGCAGGUCUAUUUCCAGCGAGUGCUCUCAAGCAAAACAGCCGGAAGGGCCCAACUCCUGUCCUACGUUGCCGCUGCCGGGUGCAUCCUGAUGGCCAUUCCCCCAGUGCUCAUCGGGGCGAUUGCUAAGGCCACACCUUGGAACGAGACGGACUACAAAGGUCCCUAUCCUCUUACCGUGGAUGAGACGAGUAUGAUUCUACCCAUGGUGCUGCAGUACCUCACGCCCGACUUUGUGUCCUUCUUUGGCCUGGGCGCCGUUUCCGCCGCCGUGAUGUCCUCAGCAGAUUCCUCGGUGCUCUCCGCUGCCUCCAUGUUUGCCCGAAAUGUGUACAAAUUGAUUUUCCGUCAGAAGGCGUCCGAAAUGGAAAUAAUUUGGGUGAUGCGCGUCGCCAUCAUUGUAGUGGGCAUCUUGGCCACUAUUAUGGCCCUCACCAUACCCUCCAUCUACGGAUUAUGGUCCAUGUGUUCGGAUCUGGUUUACGUCAUCCUGUUCCCGCAACUGCUGAUGGUGGUGCACUUCAAGAAGCACUGCAACACGUACGGCAGCUUGUCGGCAUACAUUGUGGCUUUGGCCAUUCGUCUCUCAGGCGGUGAAGCUAUCCUGGGACUAGCUCCAUUGAUCAAGUAUCCUGGCUAUGAUGAGGAAACGAAAGAGCAGAUGUUCCCAUUCCGCACCAUGGCCAUGUUGCUCAGCCUGGUCACGCUGGUUUCGGUCUCCUGGUGGACUAAAAUGAUGUUCGAGUCCGGAAAAUUGCCGCCCAGCUACGACUACUUCCGCUGCGUGGUUAACAUUCCAGAGGAUGUACAACGCGUUGGCGAUCCCUCGGAAUCGGGAGAGCAACUAUCCGUUAUGGCUGGACCAUUGGCCCGAUCGUAUGGUGCCGCCACAAUGGCUGGCAAGGAUGAACGCAAUGGUCGCAUCAAUCCCGCCCUAGAAUCCGACGACGAUCUGCCGGUAGCAGAGGCAAGGCGUAUCAACCAGGAGACGGCUCAGGCGCAAGUCAAAAAGAUGCUAGAUAAUGCUACCGGGGUAAAGCCGUCCGGUGGUGGAGGUGGACAGAUGAGUCAAGGCGGUAUGGCCAUGCCGGCUACGGAUCAAGAUAAUACGGCCUUCUGAGCGGAGUAGAAAAUCCCAUAGGACUUUAAAAGCUGAAAGCCCGAAAGUAUGCUGCAGUUAAAACCAGUGAAUUAUCCGAUUUUAAGUUGCGCUUGUUAAGGGGGAUUCAAAUGGGGGAAGUUGGUUUGUCAGAAGUCAGAAGGUCAGAAGAAGGGACGGAGUACAGAAAGUAUUAGGAAAUGUACGUUAAACACACAAGUGCUCAGGUAAAAAGUGCAGAAAGCUGAUCGUAAAGUUUACAUUUUUAUUUAGCGAACUUAUUGUGUAUAGUUUCUACAAGCUUUAAGCGUUCUAUCGGUAUUCAUUUUGAUGUUAGAGAAUCUAUGUGUAAAUGUUCAAAACGGUAUCAGAAGUGCAGAAAUCGUUAACCGUAUACAUAUCAACUGCAUUUUCCUGGCCCGAGAAUUGCAUAAAUUUAUGUAUUAACCGACAAAAAAAAAAGAUUUUGCCGGAAGUAAGGCUAAUUUAUCUGUAUAACCACGAAGAUUUGAGCAUUUGAGUGCCACAGAUGCGAACAGAUGAUGAUGUUUGCGCCACGUAAGCAAUACGAAUCGGCAUUCCUGGCAUUAGCAUAUCGAUCAUAUACUAUAUAGAUGCAUAUAAUGUGAAUCAUGUGUCCUUCCAGAACGAACAAAGCUAAGCAAAACUAACCACAAAACUAACGCAAACGAAACAUAUCAAAACAAGGCGAAAGUAUAUAAAUAUAUCAAUAUACAUAUCAUUGGUGUAACUGUUGUUUGUAAGCUAUAUAGGAGAAUGAAUAUAUUAUAUAUACUGGUACAUCAACUAUACCCAAUAAAAUGUGCAAACAAAGUAGUUGUGUAAGUGAGCGAUAAUGAGGCAUAUCAAGUUAUAUAGGAAUGAAUUUUAGCUGCUCUCAAAGAGCAAAAACCACAAAGUAUAUAUGGCAGAUCAUACACAAGAAAUCCCUGAAACGAACAGAUGAAACAAUUAUACAUAUAUAUAAGAUGUUGCGUCGUAGUACCUAAACAAAUAUAUAUACCUAUACAAAAUCAUAUACACAAACAUAUAUAUAUACAUAUUUAGACAGCCAGACACUGAAUUUAGAGAGUUAUACCCAAAGAAACACCCACGACAUUGACCCAAUAAAAACCUGCAAAGAAGCAUUGGCAAGGGAGAUUCUAUUCUAUAUAAACACACGCUGCCUGAACCCCAAACCUCAACCUUUGAUCUCAAAGUAAGCCCGUAAAAAAUUAAUCCAAAUUGAAUAUUUUAUCAAGAGAGAGUGCGUUGGUUCCUCUUUUUGUAAUUCACUCGGCUCGUUUGUUACUCUUUCGUCCCGUUGGAAAGAACUAAUCUAAAAUCUAAAUCUAACUAAAGUCAACUCAAGAUAACUAAUAUGCGUAAAUAACUUGAUAGGGUUUUGAGACCCAUAAAUACCAUAACUACAUACAUACAACUAACUUAAUUGUAAUGAAUGUUGACUGCUUUUUGAUUGAGCCUCGUAUGUUUGUUGUAUUGGGGUAAAGUUUUUUAACGUUUACAUAAGUGAAACUAAGAAGUGUUUGAGUCCAUUUAGGAUUACCUAUCUCAUAUGAUACAAGCAUAUCUGUUCGUUGUUAUUGUUAUUAUUAUAUCUCUAUUUGCAUCAGAUCUGAGUGUGUAAAUUUUGAUAACGUUUGAAUCCGUUUAACUAAGGAGUUUAACUAAAUUUCCAGAGAUCCUACAUAAAUUAAGUGUGUGUUUGUAUUUCAUGUUUCACGUUUCAAGUUUCUUUGUGCUGUUAACAAGGUUUGUAAAUAUGCAAAUUACUCGAAUCGUUUGUAAAGUUACUAUCAACUACUAAACAAAACCACCAAAUAAUUUAUGCAUUCAACUGCGAUGACUUCGCUUGGUUAAAAUAUAGUUCAAAACAAUUCUGUUUUGCAAUUAGUUAAAAUAUAUGUAUUUCUGUUAUUGUUAACCAAACUUGGUCUACCCAUUCCGAGUUUCCUUAGUGGCAUUAUGUUAACCAAAGCAAAAACAAAAAACCAAAAACAAAAAUAUAGGACGAUGGGUUACGAUAUACAUGAUGUAUUAAGAUCAAAUUAAACCGAAUACAUAUCAAUGUUUUAAGCAUAGCGAAAUGGAAUAAAACCCCAGCAAAAAGAAACGAAAAAAGUAUUUAAUAAAUAAAAGGUAUAUAUAUCUACAUUAAAAUGGUUUCUCUGUUUACUAAAAACCAAAAAAAAAAAAAACUGUUGUUUAGUUAUUUAUUCUAUUUCUCAGUACUUAGUUUACCGACUCACUAACUGAGUGGCUUGU